CGCCUCCUUCAGGAUCUCCCUCACGCUCUCCUGCCCCAUGGACCUCAAGCUGUUCCCUCUGGACCGUCAGCAGUGUCAGCUCCUCAUGGCCUCCUACGGGUGGACCACGGAGGACCUGGUGUUUUUGUGGAAGGAUGUGGAGCCCGUGCAGGUGACCAAGAACCUCCACCUGCCGCGCUUCACCCUCGAGAAGUUCAUCACCGACUACUGCAACAGCAAGACCAAUACAGGUGAAUACUCGUGCCUGCUGGUGGCGCUGAUCUUCAAGCGCGAGUUCUCGUACUACCUGAUCCAGUACUACAUCCCGUGCUGCAUGCUGGUGAUCGUGUCGUGGGUGUCCUUCUGGCUGGACCAGAACGCCGUGCCCGCCCGCGUGGCCCUCGGCGUCACCACCUUGCUUACCAUGUCCACCCAGACGUCCUCCAUCAACCAGUCGCUGCCGCCCGUGUCCUACACCAAGGCCAUCGACGUGUGGACGGGCGUGUGCCUCACCUUCGUGUUCGGCGCGCUGCUGGAGUUCGCGCUCGUCAACUACGCGUCUCGCUCCGACAAGCACCGCGAGAAGCUCAAGGAGAAGCUGAAGGAGCAGAAGUUGCAGUGGGAGCGGGAGCACGCGGCGGCGCUGGAGGCGGCGCUGCAGGAGGCCGGCGAGGACGGCCACACCUUCGGCAUGAAGCCCCUGGUGUCGCGCCACAACGGCGGCAUGGGCGGCGACAAGGGGCGGCCGUGUGAGAUCCACCUGGCGGCGCCGCGUCAGAACUGCUGCCGCACGUGGCUGUCCAAGUUCCCGACGCGCAGCAAGCGGAUCGACGUGAUCUCCCGCAUCACCUUCCCCAUCGUGUUCGCCUUCUUCAACAUGGCCUACUGGAGCACCUACCUCUUCACCGAGGAGGAGGAGGGCAAGGAGUAGAGAGAAGGAAUCCAGAUGAUGGGAAUAGCAGAGAAUUGCAAGAAGUAUCGUCCCCAGAGGAAGACAAACAAACAAACAAACAAACAAACAAACAAAUGAAUAAGCAGGAGAAGAAGACAAAGGAAGGUGACACAAUAGGAAGAUAAAGAAGAGGAAGAGGAGGAGGAAGAACAAUUAUCGGAGUCAUUAUGUUGUGAGUCGCUGAACACUGAGGACCUCUUCAUUCUUUCCGAUUGACUGAUUAACUGACGUGGCUGACUUGACUGACUUGGCUAAUGUGAUGUACAUAACUGAUUUAACUGAACUGUCUGAUUUAACCGAGUAGACUAAAUUGACUGACUUGGCUAAUGUGAUGUACUUUACUGAUUUAACUGAACUGUCUGAUUUAACCGAGUAGACUAAAUUGACUGACUUGACUGAUUUAGCUGAACUGACUGAUUUAACUGAAUGACUGAAUUGACUGACUCUACUAAUCAGACUGACUUGACCACAAAUGACUGAAAUACUGACUUGAUUGCCUGAAUGACCUUAUUACUGAACUGACUGACUUCACUGAAUUGACUGAAUUGAUGGAAUUGACUGACUUCACUGAAUUGACUGACGACAUUCUCUCCCCAUCCAAAUCAAUAAAUGGCUGAAUAAAGCUUGGAUAAAUGGAUUACUUGACUGAUUGACUGACUAACUGGCUGACUAACUGCUGCACGAACUGACUUUCUCACGGAUUCGCUUGAAUGAAUGAUGUUAGUGGAAGGACAGGUUUAACAGACAGGUGGGUAGACAGAGAGACAGAAGGAAGCUGGACAGACAAACAAACAGACAGAUGAAAACAGAUAAAAGAUAACAGUGGAAGUAGAAGAAUAUGACUCAUGCUAAAAGAAUAAGAAAAGAAAAUGAGGAAAUAAAAAAAAGAA